AUGGCCAUGAUGCCAAGUGCUGCCACUUCGUCGGGCCAUCCGUAUGAUAACGAUGCUGUGGAGCGUGACCUGAUUGAUCCGGACGAUGCGACUCUCGAUGACCUCGACGACCCCCUCCAAGGGACCUCGGACCGCGCGCCGCUGACGGGCAACAUCCAGCGGAGCGCGUCCAACACGCAAUCGUACCUGACUUCCACCAUUCCUGGCGAAGACCGGCGCGCGCCCACCAACACCAUCGACGAGACGGUAUGGGAGACGCUGUCGCGCGAUGUGCUUGCGAUAUGGGAGAAGCUGAAGCAGGUCCUGUACCCCAAAUACCUACUGGGCGGCAUGAUGCAACGGGGAGGAGGCAUAGGCGCAGCCGAGCGCGGUGAGGCAGACGGGUCGGGCGGAGGCCUCAGGAGCAUCGCAGGCAGAUGGCCAGACGCCGACGUCAUUCUCCAGGGCGGCAUGAGCGAGGGGCUGAGAGACUGGGACCUGUGGGGUCCGCUCGUCUUCUGCCUGCUGCUGAGCUUGUUCCUGUCGUGGGGAGCCAAGGGAGACCAGAAAAACCUGGUCUUCUCAGGCGUCUUCGCCAUGGUGUGGAUAGGCGAAGCUGUUGUCACGCUGCAGAUCAAGCUGUUGGGCGGCAACAUCGCAUUCUUCCAGUCCGUGUCCAUUAUUGGCUACACCCUGUUCCCUCUCGUCAUCGCCUCGAUUCUCAGUGCUGUAGGCAUUCCCAUGAUUGUCAGGAUACCGGUCUAUCUAGUGCUCAUAGCAUGGUCACUGGCGGCAGGUGUGAGCAUCAUGGGGGGCUCUGGAGUGGUCAGAAACCGUGUGGGCAUUGCUGUGUACCCGUUGUUUGUCUUUUAUAUCGCGCUGGGUUGCCUUUGUUUCAUCACCUAG